AUGGGUGUCCUCACGAUCACCGAAGACAUCUCAAGCCCGGUUCCGGCUUCCAAGCUGUUCAAGGCCUUGAUCCUUGAUGGAAGUCAAUUCAAGUCUGUGAAGCACAGGGUUGAUCUGCUGGACAAGGAGAAAAUGACAUAUGCUUACACAAUGAUCGAGGGUGAUGCCUUGAUGGGCAUUCUAGAAUCCAUCUCCUACGAGGUAAAGCUCGAGCCAUCCCCGACUGGAGGAUGCAUUGGCAAGAACAUUAGCAAGUAUAACACGAAACCAGGCAUCGAGAUAAAAGAGGAAGAUGUCAAGGCUGGCAAGGAAAAGGCUGCGGCCCUCUUCAAGGCCGUGGAAGCCUACCUCUUGGCAAAUCCUGACGCCUAUGCUUGA